AUGCCUGAUCGUAACAGUGCGACACAUGACAGAUGGCGCGCCGGUUCGAAUAACUGGUUCGAAGAUACUGCGCAAACAGUUCACCAGAAAAACAAUAAUAUUCUCUACGGCAAACCAAUUGCUCGACGGAUAUUGAAUGAAUGUCAAAAUGAAUGUGCAGAAUUCGUGAAUAAAUAUCAAUGUCGUCCGCGACUGGUCACCGUGCUCGUGGGUGGAAAUGAAUCUAGCAAGCUCUACGUACGAAAUAAACAACGUAUCGCCGAACACGCAUUGACUUUCAAACAGUCACCGCCUCCACUAGUAACGAUACCAGUGGUUGCGGCUGUGAGGGAAAUGUUACUGGAAAUUGGAGAGCCGCUGCAGGGAAAGGAUGUUGUCGUUAUUGGCCGUUCAAAAUAUGUUGGCACGCCACUAGCACUAAUGCUCAGUCAAUCCAGUACGACUGCCAAGAAUAGUUUAGUUAGUGGUGCAACCGUCACUAUUUGUCAUCGUCAUACGCAUUUAAGCAACUUAACAUGGUAUUGCAAAAAUGCUGAUGUGAUCGUAUCAGCUGUGGGUCGACCAAAACUUAUAACGCAACGAAUGGUUAAAAAAGAUGCAAUUGUUAUUGACGUUGGAAUAUCCAAAAGUUGGACUGACAAAGCUGUAGCGCAAAAUAAGCAAUUUGUGGGUGACGUAGAUUUUCACGAUGUACAACGUGUUGCUCGAUGGAUAACUCCGGUGCCGGGUGGUGUUGGACAAGUAACAAUUGCUUGUCUGAUAUCAAAUUUGCUUCGAUUAGCACGACACCGAAGACAGUGA